AUGCGGACCAGGAAACAGACUCGUGAGGAAGAAAAUGCGGCUGAGGCAAAGCCAACGGUGGUGUCUAUCACCAAGAUCGAGACUCCGACAAUCUCGCCUUCGAAGCGCGAAACUACUCGACCCAGUAGCACACCGUCUAAGCUGCCUAAGCUGAUUCAGUUCCCACUAGUCACUAUUCUGAGCUUGUCGCUCGCGGCGGUAGGCUACUCGUUAACUUGGCGAUAUACCAAGGGUCCGAUCGCGCCUCACGCAAGGCUUUUGACUACUUGGGAUGAUGUCGGAAUUGUUACGGGAUGGCGAGUGUUUGAACUCGCGCUUAGUUGGUUCGGUAACUACGACGGCUACGAUAUUACAGCAUUGAACCUCCUAUCCCACGGUCCUCUCCUCUACCUCUUAAAUACCUUCUACGAGGUGCCUACCAGCGCCCUUCUUCUAACACUCGCCAUCGAGACCCUCGCGACAUACAUCCCCUUCCGUCUUCUACGUCCGCUUUCCACGGUCCACGCCGACCCCAGCCAUGCGCCUAACGCAGACAUCGUCACGGAUCGGCCUAUUGUGCUGCUCACUACACUCCUGGCAGGCGCUAUAUAUAGCGUGACGCUGUUCUUCGCAUAUGCCAUGUACCUACCGUCAUACCUAGUCGUAUACUUCACUAGCCUGCCGUCUAUCGCGCCCGCACAUGAAACCACCUACGUCGGCCUGCUCCCCGUAACGCUCGUUCUAGGAUUUGCAGCACGCGCCUUCAUAUUCACACCCGCCGAGGCGACGGCUUCAGCUAAGGACAAGCCGUUCGACCCAGUCAGUGCGAGUCUUCGCGAGACGGUGUGGUGGAAUUUCUGGGGCUGGAGCGCGCAGACCAAGGUCCUAAUCCAGCGCACGGCGCUGCUGAUGCUAAUUACGGGCGCGGAUACGUUCGUCCAGACACGUUUCACGAUUAAGGGUGUCGAGACGCCUGGUGCGGCGGCUUGGAGCAGCGUGUGGGUGGUUUCUGCAGCGAUUACCGGGCUUGCGCUUGGUGCCGUUGCCGGUGUUUAG